GAAAUAUAAAAUGGGUUAUGCAAGCAUAAUGGAGCGCUUAUUAAUUUUUGGAAUUGAAAAUGAGAUUGAACUCGAUGAAAUACAUAAAAGAUGGAGUCAAUGUAUUUUACACCACGUAAAGAAUAUUGCGGACCCUUGCAUGACCGGAAUGGAUAAACGAAGAAAAGCAUUCUUUGUUAAAAGUUUAGAAAAUAAUACAAGAUCAAGAAAACAAGACGAAGCAGAUAAUUGCAAGAAGAUAAUCAGAUACCGAUUUGUCCAAUGUUCUGAAUUAAUAUUAAAAUAUUUAG